AUGAAGUCUCUUAUUCUUAUUAUUUCAGUGAUAUUGGCUCUUUUCUCUUUUCUGAAUGGAUUGGAUGCAAUCCGUCCACUAGACCAAGUUUCAACUACCAUCGUAGUUGAUCAGAAUGGUAAAGGACAAUUUACCACUGUUCAACAAGCCGUCGACUCUAUACCACCAAAUAACCCCGCGUGGACUCUAAUUCACCUCAACUCCGGUGUCUACAAUGAAAAAGUUGAGAUCAAGACACCAUAUAUUAUCCUUGAAGGAGACCGCGAUCAGCAAACUGUGAUUCAAUUUGGAGAUGGCGGAAGUGUUGUUACCAGUCCUACAUUUAAGUUGAAUGCAGAUAAUUUUGUGGCACGAUAUAUUCUAUUCAAGAAUACCUAUGAUCGUCUUCCUUCUAAAUUAGCCGCCAACGGGGUGAACACUACUUGGGCACCUGCAGCUGCAAUUGCCGGAGACAGAGCAAGUUUUUACCAUUGCAGCUUCAUUAGCUUGCAGGACACAUUGACUGAUGCCAAAGGUCGUCAUUACUUCUAUGACUGCCAAAUUUCCGGCGCCAUAGACUUCAUUUGGGGAAAUGGACAAUCAAUUUACGAGAAUUGCAAGAUCAAUUCAUUGGCAUCAAAAAUAGCUCCACGGGUAGGUUUUAUCACAGCACAGGCUCGUGAAAGUCCAGAGGAAAGUACUGGUUUUGUAUUCAAAAAUUGUCAUGUGACUGGAUCUGGCCCUAUACAUCUAGGAAGAGCUCAUACAAACUACGCAAGAGUAUUGUUUGCUGGGACAACAAUGGACAAUGUUAUUACGCCAGAAGGUUGGGACGGGGCACGGAAUUUAAUCUCCUUCUCGGAGGCCAAUUGCAGGGGACCUGGAGCAAACAUGUCGAAACGUGUAAACUGGGAGAAGAAACUAUCAGAUCAAGAAGUAAAUGAUUUGACUAGUUUAUCUUACAUAAAUCAAGAUGGAUGGAUAGAGAAGCAACCUAGAUAA